AUGGGAGCUUGUUUCAGCAAUCAGAUCAGAACAGAUAUUGCUUCUAGUACAUGGCUGAGUUCGAAGUUCUUGAGCAGGGAUGGGAGCAAGGGCUCGUCGUCGACUACUUCCUUCUCUCAUAUGCCUCGAACAGAAGGCGAGAUCUUGCAAAAUGCUAACCUGAAGAACUUCAGCCUCAGUGAACUAAAGUCUGCAACGAGGAACUUCAGGCCUGAUAGUAUGGUUGGUGAAGGCGGUUUUGGUCGCGUUUUCAAAGGAUGGAUCGAUGAGACUUCCUUGGCUCCUGCUAAACCGGGGAAUGGAGUCGUUAUUGCAGUGAAAAGACUUAACCAAGAAGGCCUUCAAGGUCAUCGAGAAUGGCUGGUUAGUCACAUCUCUUUGUUUUGUUAUUUUCACAAGAGUCCAUUUCAAGAACCUUUUAUUUUCUUGAAAAAAAAACAGGCGGAGAUUAAUUAUUUAGGCCAGCUUGAUCAUCCUAACCUUGUGAAGUUGAUUGGAUAUUGCUUAGAUGAAGAGCAAAGGCUACUUGUAUACGAGUUCAUGCCUCGUGGUAGCCUAGAGAAUCACUUAUUCAGAAAAGGAACAUUCUUUCAGCCACUUUCAUGGAACACACGGGUUCGAAUGGCUCUUGGUGCAGCUAGAGGACUAGCUUUUCUACACAAUGCUCAACCGCAAGUUAUAUACCGAGACUUCAAAGCAUCCAACAUCUUGCUAGAUUCGAACUACAACGCAAAGCUUUCAGACUUCGGCUUGGCUAGAGAUGGUCCAAUGGGUGACAUUAGCCAUGUAACUACCAGAGUCGUGGGAACUCAAGGAUACGCUGCUCCUGAAUAUCUAGCCACCGGUCAUUUAUCGGCAAAGAGCGAUGUGUACAGUUUCGGGGUUGUGUUACUGGAGCUGUUAUCAGGAAGACGAGCAAUAGACAAGAACCAACCAGUAGGAGAACACAGUCUAGUGGAUUGGGCAAGACCUUACUUAGCAAACAAAAGAAGGCUACUCCGAGUGAUGGAUCCUCGUCUACAAGGUCAAUACUCGUUAACCAGGGCUUUGAAAAUGGCAGGUCUUGCACUUGAUUGCAUAUCUAUAGAUUACAAGGUUAGACCGGACAUGAAGGAUGUCGUCAAGACACUUGAAGAACUUCAUGUCCCAAAGGAAACAAUAAGAGAAGAGCAGCAGAAUCUUCGUGAUGAGAACAAGAGCAACAACAAAUCUCCGGAAGCUGUAAACUAUCCUAGGCCUUCAAUCAUGUAACAAUCUAUACCAGGAUUUUAUAGAUGUUUAUACUCUUUUAUCUUCUCUCUGUUUCAUAGAAACAAAGGGUCUCCUACUUUCAUGGCAUUGUAAGGGAGAGAAAGGAUACAAUUACAAUCUUAUAGUUACACCCAAAGCUUC